AUGGGCGCGGACGCCCCCAGCAGCAGCAGCAGCGCGGAGGCGGCCGCCGGCGGCCCGCCCCCGAGCGACGCUCUACCAGCGCCUGCGGGCGGGGGGGCCGAGGCCACGAUCAUCAUCGACGGCGUGCCGUACGUCGCCCUCCAGCCGUCCACGGCGAGGGCGACGACCGCGACGACCGCGACGACGGUGACGACGACGGCUACGACGACGGCGGCGGCGGUCGCCGAAGCGACGACGCCCGCCGCGGUGGUCCGCGACGGCGUGACCUACGUGAGGGCGACGGCCGGAGAGGCCCCAGCCGCCGGCGCGCCCGCGGCGGGCGGCGCCGCCUCGGACGAGGCGCCCCCCUCGCAGGAGGAGGAGCCCGCCGACGCGCCCGCGGAGCGCCCGGGCGAGCCACCGCCCGCCCGCCAGCGUGCCCCGAUGCCCGGCUGGACCGACGAGGAGGCGUCCGAGCUGCGAAAGAUAUUCGACUUCUUCGACAAGGACGGCGACGAGCUCAUCGACGUCCACGAGCUGGGGGACGUCAUGAGCUCGCGGAACCAGGAUCUGACCGAGGCCGAGCUGAAGAUCAUGAUCCACGGGGUCAAGUCCUCUGGCAGCGAGGCCUUGGACUACUCGUCCUUCAUCUCUCUGCUCGCGCAGAUCGGCCUGAAGCUGGGCGGCCCCGCCAGCGCGGCGGGCUCGGACAGGCAGGACUGCGACGUCGACCUCGAGAACUGGGAGACCGCGUGGUCGGAGGAGAAGCUCGCCUGGUGCUGCGAGCACGAGCAGAGGGGCUGCCCGCAGGCGCCAGGCGCUGGCACCGGCACGAGCACGAGCGCGCCGCCGGGCGCCUUCCAGGGGUUUGACUGCGCGGCGGGCUUCGACAACUGGGGCAUGCUGUGGCCGAAGGAGAAGGUCGGCUGGUGCUGCAAGCACGAGCAGCGGGCGUGCGAGGGCCCUGGUUCCGCGGAGGACGCCAACCCGUCGCCGCCAGAGAUAUCCAGCAUCACCGACCUCG